CUUUAAUAACAGUAGAGGAGCGUGUUGAAUGUGCGCAGUGACGGUGUGUAGAAACAGAGAAGAAGCGGCAGACUUGUGCUCUAUAAACAGCCUCGGUGACAAUGGGGAAGAUCGAGUGGGCAAUGUGGGCUAAUGAACAAGCUCUGGCGGCUGGACUCAUUUACUUAACCGGGGGCAUCGUAGGAGUGGCAGGUCAAUUCAGAGACUGGCAGUUUGCUGCAUAUGGCAUCGCUGCGGGUGUGUUUGUGUGUCUCCUGGAGUAUCCACGGAGCAGAAGAGCCAAAGGAACCAGUGUUGAGAGAACUGGUCAGUAUUGCUUCACUGUGUGUGUAAAGGCAUUUGGGCCACUGACUAGAAAUUACUACGUUAGAGCGGUACUUCAUGUGGCACUCAGUGUCCCUGGAGGUUUCAUGCUCGCUACAGUUUUAGGCUGUGUGUGUCUCGGCAUAGCUGCCCUCAUCUAUCUGUCAGCUGCCAUUCACGGCGAACACUGGGAACCUAUUUUGCCGAAGGCGGAACCCACCAAACGUGUUGCUCCUAGCAUCAAGCAGCCUCCUCAGAACCCCCCACCACGCCCUCCUCCUGAGAUGCGCAGGAAGAGAACAGACGACCUUGAGGCUGCAUCUUAUACCAAUCCCAUACCUGUGACUGCCGAUGAACAAUGAAUGGCCAAAUCUCUCCAUUGUGAGGAUGGUAAUUCACCUGCCAUGCUGAGAGAGGACUGAGUAGCGACUGUACAAACGAAACAGGAGUGCACACACACACACACACACACACACACACACACACCACUAACUGCGGAAUCACUCUGUUCACGUUUAAAGAGACCGGUUUGGUUCAGCUUGCAAUCUUCCUGUCAAGUUACUGUAUAUUUUAAUAGAGUGUUUGUGAGAUAUUUUACAAGACGGUGAUCACAAACUGAUUAUCGGGCUUCUGUUGCACUAUGGAGAAGAUUUCUACAUAAAGCUUCGUACGGUUGAGUGCAAAAGUUUGCGAAGCCUUACUUCCAAAUCGUGGAAAGACAUUUAAUGCAAGUUAGGAUUUUACAGAUCUUCUAUAACACACCAAGUAACAGCAUUAGCCAACAGUAUAGAAUAAGGUAUUUUUUUUAAUCCUGACUUUCGUUCCCUUCGACUCCGAGGUUUUGAUCUUAUACCUUUUUGCCAGAGUAAACUACUCCAGGUUUUGAUGCCUUGUGAAGUUUUUUUAUGAGUCAUUGACAUUAGACAUUAGUGAGGAAAGGAAAAUUGACAUAAAUUACAGAAGCUUUUAAAAUGAAAGAUAACCGAACAUUAAACAUUUUUGUCAUUGUUAAGCCUUGGUCUAUUUUUUCCUGUCACAAAACCAAGGAGGUAAAUGUUUUUGCACUCAAUUGUACAUUGUAUAUUUCAUUAUAAGUAUUACAGGUCAGUGGAAAAUCCCCUUGUACUCAUGUUAUACUGGGUGAUAUUUUUAGCACAUUAACACACCUUCACAUUCAUUCAGAAAGUGUGUAUGAAGUCAUCAAAAUCACCAGAAGGACUGAAAUCGGGACGAAGAAGGCAAAAUAUACAGUUGAUGAAGAACAAGUAUCUUUUUGUAUGUUUUGUUCUGUUCUUUGUUACAGCUUUGUUUUCAUUAAAUAUCUGAAAAUAAAAAAAUAUCUGAAAAUAAAAAA